CAAAGAAUUCCAUUCCCAAACUCCCCUUUCUCUUAUAACAAUAAUUACUUAUAUUACCCCCAAAAAAAAAAAAAAAAAAAAAAACAUAUUAAUUACUUAAGAUUUAUUUUCUCCUUGCUCUGUUUCCGAAAAGCAUAUACAAUUUGUAGGGACCACCCACAAUGGAUUUAUUUGUUUAUUCAUGGAAAUUCAGAUAAGAAAACCGCAACGACUUUGAUACCCCGUUUGACUUGUAUUUUUUCUUAGAAUAACCCAAAUAUAUAAUUUUUUCUUUUUUUUUUUUUUUAAAGAAAAAAUAGAAAAAGAAAAAACCAACAUUAAAGAUUCAAUAUUGUCUACCUUUCAUUAAUUUAUCUUUCUCACUCUGAUCUGUGAUCUUCCAGGAGCAUCUGCGACAUUGGACUCUGGCUGUCGAAUCCAUGAGGUUGCUUGCUGUUCGAUUGUUUAGAUAUAUGCCUGCAGGAGUGAUUGCAGAAUGCAAUUGUCAUGGGAUUCUUCACUCAGUUUUGUUGUAUUGUUUUGGUGGAAAUAGUGUUUGAAAACUGUCGAAUAUGGAUGGUGAAUUUGAUGUGACAGCUUGCUUAUUUGCUGAUUUGUUUGGAAUGACGACUAACAAUUGUGUGUAAGAUUGCAACACAUGGUAGCGAAAUUCGGUGGCAAAAGAUUUUUGAGAUGAAUGGAGCUCUGAAAUAUGGAAAACGAGAAUGAAGCUAAAUAAAAUGCAAGAACCAGUUGGUUAUGUUGCUAAUAGAGAUUGUCUUGAAGAGAAUCUUCAACUUCCAGUAAGAUGUCUUCUAGUAAGAGCGCGUUGCAUCAGCUUAAGGAUGGAGUGGUUCAGAAUCGUAGCUCAGAUUUUUUAGAUAGGCAUAAAUUUGAAGCACAUCUUGCUCCAAAGAAUUUGAAAGGAGAUGAAACUUUUAAUCAUCUUCAAGAUCAAGAGGCUAUGGUAGUGGAACUUCAUUCACAAGCCAGAAAGCUAGGAGAGGAGAUCCAAUUCCUCCGUGAACAAAUAUCUGUUGCUUCUGUCAAGGAAAUGCAGCUGCUUACUGAGAAGUAUGCAUUGGAAACUAAACUUGCGGACUUACGAUUGGCAGUAGAUGAGAAGCAAAAUGAAGCCAUUACCUCUGCCCUAAAUGAGUUGGCUGGCAGAAAAGGUGAUCUUGAAGGAAAUUUAAAAUUAGCACAUGAAUUGAAGGUUGAAGAGGAUGAAAGAUAUGUCUUCAUGUCAUCCUUGCUUGGACUAUUGGCUGAGUAUGGUAUUUGGCCCCGUGUAAUGAAUGCUGCUGCUAUAUCUAGUAGUAUAAAGCACCUAUAUGAUCAAUUACAGUGGAAGAUUAAAGUGUCGCAUGAUAGAAUUAGAGAAAUAACGACAGUGGUGGAGAAUCAUUCUGAAAGUGGGUCACAUGGUAUAGGCAGCCUAGGUCCUGGCAUAUUGAAUGGUCAACUUUCUAAUAGAUCCACGGGUCAGCGUGGUUCUUCUCCCUAUAAUGACUUUGUUGAUGGACUUGUGGAUCCAACUGACAUACCAAGAUAUAUGACUGAUCAUACACACAUUAGGAAUGUGAUGCUAACCAACAAUGGAAUUCCUCAGGAGUUCACACCCAAUACUACUAGGGUGAUGGCUAGCCCUAUGCCUCCUCCCAUCCCAAAUGAUGAGAUUGCUUCUUCUAUUUCAGAAGAGGGCCCUGGCAUAGAGAAUUUUCAGAUUGUUGGUGAUGCCAUUCCAGGAGGCAAGCUUCUUGGAUGUGGAUUUCCAGUACGAGGGACAUCUCUUUGCAUGUUUCAGUGGGUUCGUGAUCUUCAGGAUGGAACUAGGCAGUACAUUGAAGGAGCCACCAAUCCUGAAUAUACUGUCACUGCUGAUGACGUCGAUAAAAUAAUUGCUGUUGAGUGCAUACCAAUGGAUGACCAUGGCCGUCAGGGAGAUCUGGUCAGACUUUUUGCUAAUGAUCAAAACAAAAUAAAAUGUGAUCCAGAAAUGCAAAAGGAAAUUGACACGCAUAUUUCCAGAGGACAAGCCGCAUUUAGUGUUCAAUUGUUGAUGGAGUCUUCUGAGAAUUGGGAGGCAUCAACUUUAACUUUGAGGCGGUCCAACUACCAAAUUAAGAUCAAUAGCACAGAAGAUAUCGUAAUACAAAAUAAAUUCUCAGAAGAUUUGUCAAUUAAGGUUCCCUGUGGGUUUUCAUCACAGUUUGUUUUGACAUGCAAUGGAUCUUCUCAUCCUUUCAGAACAUACAAUGUUCGGAUUCGCGAUACACUAGUGUUGACCAUGAGAAUGUUCCAAAGCAAGCAGGCGUUGGACGAGAGAAGGAAGGGAAGAGGAUAGCAAGUCCGGUUGUUUCUUAUAGCCAAUCUCUGGUUGAUUCUUAUAGCCGUUAUUCAUUGUUAGAUGACUGAAAGAAAUGUUGAAUCAGAGAAUAAAUUUUGUAUCUUAGUUUGUAAUAGUAAAGAUGAAGAUGUUUUCAGUCAAAAAAAUAAAUAAAUAAAUAAAUGAAAUGAAGAUGAUCAUACA